AUGGCGUCCAAACUCAAAGAGCGAAAGAGAACCCCAAUCUCUCACAAGGUGAUCGAGAAGCGGCGGAGGGACCGCAUCAACCGCUGCCUGAACGAGCUCGGGAAAACCGUCCCGAUGGCCCUCGCCAAGCAGAGCUCCGGGAAGCUGGAGAAGGCGGAGAUCCUGGAGAUGACCGUCCAGUACCUCCGUGCGCUCCACUCCGCAGACUUCCCCCGCGGGAGGGAAAAAGGCGAGCUGCUGGCAGAGUUCGCCAACUACUUCCACUACGGCUACCACGAGUGCAUGAAGAACCUCGUGCACUACCUUACCACCGAGGACCGCGCCGAGACCAAAGACAUCAAGUACGCGCGCAUCCUCGCCUUCCUGCAGUCCAAGUCCCGUGCGGUCACCGACCCCCUGUUCGGCUCGUGUCCCGCCGGCUCACCGACGACGACGUGCGCCGAACGUCCCGUGGAGUACCUCGGCCCACUGCACUCGUCCCCGGAGCACCAGGGACACAGCCCGCAGACAGACUCGCUCUACCAACAGAGUCCCCCUCCGGGACACUUCUCGUGGGCACCCUCGGCGCGCAGUCCGACCGUCUCUUACCCGCCCGUGGCCCUCUCGGCGCCCACGUCUUCUGGGGCCUUCACACGCUACGGGCGGUUCUACUGGUGUGAGGGGCUGGCCUGA